AUGGGCGCCCAUUUAAGGAAUGGUCACAACAUCUCUCUUGAACAACAAAGAAGCAAGAUCGAACGCAGAGCCCAGUCCAGUAGAGGGUUACCUCAACACGAGACCAAUCGAGAAGAGCAAUCUCAGCGAGAGAUCCAACAGCCGCUCGACUCCAGAUCAAGAGAACGACCUGCUGGACUACAGCGGGGCAAUGACCCUAGAUACCAGCUUAGUGCCGCAACAAAGGAGCAACUUCGCAAGUUUAAGCUCCAGUCUGCCGCAGAUCAACGCAACUGCUAUGAGAAGACCA